GUAGAAUUUAUUAUUGUUAUCAAAGUUGUUUUUUUAAAGAGCAGGAUAAUUAAAUGAAUUAAAAUAAUAAUAAUAAACUUAAUUACAGUACGAUAAUAUAAAUAUUUGUUUUUAUUGAAAUGGAUAAAAGUAAUAAGCAAUAUGGCCUUAUCGUGCCGAAGAAAGCGCAAUUGUCAGCACCUAAAGUUGGAAAUGUUUUUGGAGAUGACGAUGACUCUGACAAAGAAGAUGGUGGAGUUGAUUGGGUGAAAAAAACAUUAAAAGCUGAAGGUGAAAAAAAUCGUGUGAAAAAACAGACUAAAUUGAACAUGCAGAAGGCACUUGAUGAUGAUCCGACUAUUUAUCAGUACGAUGAAAUUUAUGAUGACAUGGAACGAGCUAAGGAAGAGAAAGUCGUUAAUGUUAAGAAGGAAGCCAAGAAGCCAAAGUAUAUUCACAAUAUAUUGAAGGCUGCUGAACGUAGAAAGCGGGAACAGGAACACAGGAUCGAGAGGAUGGUCCAGAAGGAACGCGAAGCUGAAGGUGAAAUGUUUGCUGAUAAAGAGAGUUUCGUUACUUCGGGAUAUCGCGCAAAGUUGGAGGAGUUUAGGAAGAUGGAAGAGGAAGAAGAAAAGAUGGACAGACUGGAGUCGAUUGGUGACGUUACUAAGCAGCAGGACAUGUCAGGAUUUUAUCGUCAUCUUUAUUCUCAGACUGUUGAUAAAAAAGAUAAGCAUGAAGAUGAACCUAAAGAUGAAUCGGAGUGUCAGGAAGAGGCUGGCAAAGCUGAGUCAAAUAUUGAUCAGGAUGAAGAUCUUGCAGUUGACUCGGACUCUUCUAGAGAAUACCAACCAAUGGAGUCGGACUCUGAUCAUGAAAAAGCUAUUGAUGCUAAAAUAAAUACUAAAAUAGCUUCGGCUUCACGCAAACGUCAGUACAGAGCCAGAAAUAUCAAAGACUCGGACGAAGAGUCUGAUGAAGAUGAUGAUGAUGAUGAUAAGGAAAGUGUGCAGAAGGCUGAAGAGAAAGUUGAAUCCCAAGCUGAGCCUCCAGCUGGAAAAACUCAGAAUGUUAAGAUUGAAAAAACUGAUAAUGGGACAGUCGAAGAUAAAAAACCAGAUGAUAAAUCGGAAGAUGUUAAAACUGGAUUGUCUAAAGACAAAGUCGCUGAGGAAGAGAAAAUAAUUAAAGUUCCUGAGGAAGAAAAACCCAAAGUGUCUAUUUGGGAAAAGAGGACCGUGGGAGAGGUCUACGAGGCAGCUGUACAGCGAUAUUACGCACGGAAAGCGCUUCGGAUGUCUAGUUAAUUAAAUAAAUUAUAAGUACUGUAAAUAAUAAUUAGUAAUUAGUAAUUAGUAUCUAUAUUCUUUUAAUACUUCAAGUGUUUUAUUUUUUUGACAGCUACUUAAACUAAUAGAUGUCACAGUAACGAAUAAAAAUAAAAAUUUCAACAUUUA